AUGGCAGGAGCACCCACCCCAGGAAGUGCCCAUGAGGUUGUGGAGGUGGAUGGCUUCCUGUUCAAGCGUAAGCGGCGGGUGCCGCUUGGUGAGAGCGCCAACGUUCCAGCCAGCGCAAAGAAGGCCAAGACCCAGCAGAAGCCCGAGGAAGGGCAGAUGCUGGAGGAGGACUCUGUGCAACCGGGCCCCAAAGGACCUGCCCCCGAUGGGGCAGGCCGGGAGGGGGAGGUAUCAGAUCAGGGGGACCUGGGCAGCGCACAAGUGAUGGGGGAUGGUGCAGCAGCUGCAGCAGUAGCAGUAGCAGUUGUGCAGCCGCCGCCUGCAGUUGAUGUGGUGGAAGCGGCCCAUGCUGCGCUGGCAUCCCUGCCCGCAGAGUGCUCCAGCGAGAACGAUCGGCUGCUCGCCCUGUGCGAGAUAUUGGUCCAGGAUGAGAUCAGGAGGGCGAAGGGCCAGCCAGGGGUGGAGUUGCUGCAGAAGGCGCUGGCCACAUUCAUGGAUGACAUCAGGGUAUCUCUGGGCAACGGAACGCUGCAGUGCGGCGACGAUGCCUCGGCCGCCGCUGCCGGCAUCGAGCGCCAACAGAAGCUCCGCGCUGAGCUGGAGACCCAGAAGACCGUCCUCACCGCUCGCUUGGAGCGUUUCCAGAAGGAAGAGGCGGAGUGGAACGAGCUGCUGCAGGGAGGCACCACAGAGGACAGCAACGCGGCGGCAGACGGUGACGAAGCAGCCACUCCUGCCGAGGCAGCCGCAGCCGCAGCUGAAGCUGAGGGAGAUGCUGUCGCUGCGGAGGCUGCAGCUGCUGCAGAUGGGGAGCUUCCCUCAGGCCAGAAGGGAGCCGGCUCCGGCGAGGCACCGGCAGAGCAGACGGAGCCUGUGGCGGUGGCGGUUGAGGGGCUGUGCGCGAUGGUGGAGGGCGUGCGCGAGCUGGUGGAGACGGCAGAGCAGAUCACCAGCACUGAAUUUGACAAGCUGUACAAGGAGAAGUUCAGCGCGCUGCCGGGCCUUAACUCGCCGGCACGGCUGAUCCGCGAGAUCGUGCGGCCGCCGCGCUCCCGACUGCAUGCCGCCUCAAGCGCCGCGGCCGACGCAGCAGAGGCCUCACCAGUGACUCCUCUGUAG